AGCAAUCAUUUCUCCUUCUCUUUGGCUGCAUUCUUGCAGCCAUUGAAAAAAUACUGUUUGAGCUGUGAUUGGUCACAGCUUGUCACAUGGUACAAGGCUGUUGUGAAUAGCCCUGUACCAUGUGAUCUCUGUGAUCAUUCACAAAUUUCACACAUAGUAAGCAAUGAUGUCAAGUGACAUCUUGCUUACUACUGUUCAUGUGAUCACUGAUUGGCCAAUCAGUGAUCACAUGAUCGGGACCUCACACAGGGGUCCCGUACAGCAGCUCCCAGGGAGCACGCACACAGUCCAAAAUGGCGGGCGCUGUUUAUGA